AUGCCGCACAGUCACGAGUCCGACGAGGACGAUGCCCCGGAAGCCGUCCCGAUGGCGGUCGCCAAGUCCAAGGCACUUGCGUCUCGUGAAUCAGAAAAGCAAGCGCACCAGUCUGCCAAGGCAGCGGCGGUGUUGAAACGGAAGAGGCACAUCGAACCCAACGCGGCGCUCCCUGUUGAUGUCUUGGAUGCUGCUUCGGCCGCUCGUAAAGAAAAGGAGCAACUUGAGCAACGAAAACUCGAACAAGAUCACGCAGAAGAGGUAGAAGCCAAGCCGAAAAAGACGCACAAACCUGCAACCCAUGUCCGUCGCUUUGGCAACAUCCAGGUCACGACAUUGGACGCUCCACUUCCGGUGGCCGACGCAUUGACUGACUCGGCGAAGGCGUUUUUGCUUCAGCGCACCGCCCCUGAAGACAUCAUCAUGGUCCAAGUUACCCCUGUCGCUCGUCGUCCGAUCAUCAAGAAGAAGGUGACCAAGUUCAAGCGCCACCAGAGCAACCGCUUCAAGCGUGUGUCCGAAUCGUGGCGCAAGCCCAAGGGUAUUGAUGGUCGUGUCCGUCGCCGCUUCAAGGGUGCUAUCCGCAUGCCCAACGUCGGGUACGGCUCCAACACCAAGACCAAGCACUUGUUGCCCAACGGCUUCUACAAGUUCACGGUCCGCAACGUCGCCGAACUCGACAUGUUGCUCAUGCACAACCGCAAGUACUGCGCUGAAGUCGCGCACAACGUGUCGGGCCGCAAGCGCAAGGAAAUCUUGACCCGCGCCGAGCAACUCAACAUUCGCGUGACCAACCCCAACGCUCGCGUCCGCGCUGAAGAAGCCGAAUAA